AUGUUGCCGGUCGAGAAGCAGUGGAUUAAUGUACAGCAAAAGACCUUCACAAAAUGGAUCAACAACAAACUUAAGGUCCGAAACAUAACCGUCGAAGACCUGGUGCACGAUCUUUCGGAUGGCGUCAUCCUCAUUCACCUGCUUGAGAUCCUGGGCGGCGAGUCUCUCGGUCGAUAUGCCUCCAAGCCGAAGCUACGUGUGCAGAAAUUCGAGAAUGUCAACAAAAGUCUUGAUUUCAUCAAGGGGCGGGGGAUACAAAUGACCAACAUCGGGGCGGAAGACGUUGUUGACGGUAACAGAAAGAUCAUCCUGGGGUUGAUCUGGACCCUUAUCUUAAGAUUUACCAUCAGCGACAUCAACCAAGAGGGUCUCUCGGCAAAGGAGGGCUUACUGCUAUGGUGCCAGCGGAAGACUGCCUGCUAUCCCGAAGUCGAGAUCAAAGAUUUCUCCACUAGCUGGAACGACGGACUGGCCUUCUGCGCCCUUCUCGACAUUCAUCGACCGGACCUGAUCGAUUUUGACUCCCUGGACAAGAACGAUCACCGUGGGAACAUGAAGUUGGCGUUUGAUAUUGCUACGAAUGAGAUUGGCAUCCCGGACCUGCUCGACGUCGAGGACGUCUGUGAUGUGGCCAAGCCAGACGAGCGAUCGCUCAUGACCUACAUCGCUUACUGGUUCCAUGCCUUCUCGCAGCUCGAGAAGGUCGAAAAUGCCGGUAGACGGGUAGAGAAAUUCAUCACCAAUAUGCAAGGCGCCUGGGAGAUGCAGAGUUCCUACGAGCGGAGAAUGAGGGAGCUGCUCCGCCAGAUCGCCGAACAGAGGGCUCAAUGGCGUGAGUCAUCCUUCGAAGGAACCUACGCGGACGCGAAAGAACAGCUCAACCAGCUCUCGCAAUACAAGAGAGAUAAGAAGCGGAAAUGGGUGGCGGAGAAGUCCGAUCUCGCCGCUCUGCUAGGAAACAUCAAGACCAAGCUCAGCACCUACCGCCUUCGCGCGUACGAGCCUCCUCCAGAGCUGCGGCCCGAGGUCCUUGAUCGCGAAUGGGAAGGCCUUACCAAAGACGAGCAGGAACGCAGUCAGCUUAUCAACGAGACUAUUCGAGAUAUCAAGAAUGCCCUCCGUCGCUCAUUUGCAGACAAAGCCAACGAUUUCGCGCUCACGCUGAAGACACUGUCUAUGGCCAUUUCCGGGCUGGAAGGCGACGUGGAGGAUCAACUCGCUCACGUUCAACGCCUGAACGACAAUCUACCCCCUCUUGAUGCUUUCUUGGAAACAAUCGCCGAGCUGGACAAACAGUGUGCCGAAGCGAAUAUCGAAGAGAAUGACUAUACAACGUACACCUUGGAUGACCUAUCAUAUGAGCUUGGGCUGGUAAAAGCGAGUGUGGCCAAGAAGCUGGCAUUCCUCGAAAACCAAAUGGUCGCACGGAACAUGACAAACCUGACACCUAUCCAAUUGGAGGAGUUUGAGUCGGUGUUCCGGCACUUUGACCGCGACGGCUCAAACACUCUUCAUGAGAUUGAAUUCUCCGCAGCUCUUGCGAGCUUGGGACUCGUCUACGAUGAGGACGAGAUGCACGAAGUCUUCCUGCAGACGUCUGGCGGAAAGUCAAGCGUCACGUUUGAGCAGUUCAUCCGAUUUAUGGUCAGCGUAACAGAAGACCAAAACACGGCGGAGCAAGUGUUUCAAAGCUUCCGUGAGGUUGCCGACGGAAAGCCCUAUGUUACGGAACUGGAUCUCAGGCAUUCCCUCAUUCCUGACGACCUUAUCGAAAAUCUCAUUCAGACGAUGCCUAGACAUGAGGGCCCAGAUCUCCUGGAGGAUAGGGACGUUCCCAAAUAUGAUUACAUCACCUUCAUGGAGCGGAUGAUGGAUACUGGCAACAACAAUGGGCAGGACCAGUCCAGUGGCCACCAGAAGCAACCCUCGAUCAACGGAGGCCAUUAA